AUGAGCCGAGCCAAAGUUCCACUCUUCCGUUCAGCUGUGGAAGGGCUGGUUGCGCUUCGCGUGAUCCCGUCCAAUCCUCCGUUCUCCGCUCUCUCUCUCUCUCUCUCUCUCUCUCUCUCUCUCUCUCUCUCUCUCUCUCUCUCUCUCUCUUUAUACCGUUAUAUGCAAACUGAAGCUAAGAACAAAGAGCAAGAGAAGCUCUGUCACUGCUCUAAGCGACCGCAGGCCCUCGCAUUCUGCCGCGCAUAUUCUCUUCAGAAUCAUCGGAGAAUGGGGAUUGUGCGGACGUGCGACGACGAGAACCAGAGAAUUCUGAUGGAGAUGGAAGAAUUCAAAGGCGUGCUGCUAUCCUGUGCCGGCAUCAACAGAAGGAAAUCCGGAGGAGAAGAAGAAGAGGAAGUCGAUUUGAGAAGAUCGGGAGGUGCCUCAACUGAGGAACAAGACGAGGACUACGAUCGAAAUAUGGUGUGCGUCACCAGCGGCGCUUCCUUCCUUGGCCUCGCUAUCGUGAACCACCUCUUGUCCCGAGGCUACUCGGUUCGUCUCAUCGUCCACAACGAAGAGGAAGAAGGAAGAGUGAGGGAGAUGAGGAGAAGUACGAACGAGAACAGUAGGAUAUGGGUAGUAACGGCGAAGCUAAGUGAAGUGGAGAGCCUGAUGGAAGCAUUUGAAGGGUGUGGAGGCGUGUUCCACACCUCUGCGUUCACUGAUCCUUCAGGCCUCUCUGGCUACACCAAAUUCAUGGCUGAAAUAGAGGAGAAGGCGAGUCAGAAUGUGAUGGAAGCAUGUGCAAGGACACCCUCUGUUAGAAACUGCGUGCUCACAUCAUCACUUUUAUCCUGUGUUUGGCCAAAUUAUCAUUCUCUGGGUGACCUACCCCCUGUUAUUAACCAUGAGAGCUGGAGUGACGAGUCUCUCUGCAUUGACAAACAGCUAUGGUGUGCGUUGGGCAAGCUGAGAGCAGAGAAAGCUGCGUGGAGAGUUGCCAAGGAGAGUGGGCUAAAUCUAACCACCAUCUGCCCAGGUCUCAUCACUGGUCGUGAAUUUAGCUGUAGAAAUCCAACGGGAACAAUAGCCUAUCUCAAAGGAGCCCAAGAAAUGUAUGAGAGUGGAUUGCUGGCUGUUGUGGAUGUAACUAGGUUAGCAGAGGCACAUGUGCGUGUGUUGGAGGCCAUGAACAAGACUGCUUGUGGAAGGUACAUUUGCUUUGAUCAUGUGAUCACAGGAGAAGAGGAAGCAGAGGAGUUAACUCGGGCAAUAGGAUUUCCGAGAAACAAGAUAGUUGGGGAUUCCUCAGGGCUUUUACCUACUAAGUUUGAGUUGUCAAACAAGAAGCUCUCUAGCUUGAUGUUGAGGACUGCACGAUGUGGUUAUAAUAGGAAAUUUGCGGCUUAAAUGUGUUGGGUUUGAGAAUAUGAAUUUUAAACUUUAUAUUCGCUAUAAUAUGAACUUUUUCGACAAAUUCAAUGCUAUUUUAUAGUCAUUUCUUUCAA